AUGGCGUCGCCUAGUGCUAUUCGCUUCGUCACUGGCACCAAAAAGUCUCCUCUGGGCUCUCUGCAUCUUCAGCUUCGCGUGAAACCUGGAGCCAGCAAAAACCGCGAGGGCGUCAUAGCCGUCACCGACGAUGCAAUCAAGCUGUGCGUUUCUGCUCAGGCGAGAGAGGGCGAGGCCAACAAGGCCGUAGUUCAGGUUCUCAGCGGUAUAUUGGGCGUGCCAAAGUCUAGUCUUCAGCUGACACACGGCACCAAGUCACGCGAUAAGACGAUUGUGCUGGGUGGGAUCAAAGGCGACGGAGAGGAUUAUGCAAGGAGCAUACGGGAGAUACUUGACAAGGCAGCCGAGGAAUAG